GUGUCAAAAACUCAUAAGCCAAAUGAGAAGAUAAACAAAAAAAUGAAUCAGACUGAGCCUCUAAGAAACUUUGGAGACGAUGACGACAUAAGAACAGAAUUCAGACGUUUGAUAGCUUCGCUUCCUUCAGACAUAAACAUGCAAGGGAAGAAGCUUUGCAACUACCAAGGAUGUUGGUAUUACUACAAGAAUCUCCAAGCAGUCAUCGACUACCAGAAACACUUUAAGCCGCUUGACACCGACAUAAUAGUCAGUUCAUACCCCAAGUCUGGAACGACUUGGCUCAAGGCCCUCACAGUCGCUUUACUUCAUAGGCCAAAGGAUGGUAUUCAGAGCCAUCCUCUUACCUCUGAUAGCCCUCACGGUCUUGUACCCUUUCUUGAGGCAAAGUUGUAUGCCAGAAGCUCCACACCGGACCUGACCAAGCUCUCAUCAUCUCCGAGGUUGUUCUCGACCCACAUGCCGUUGCAUACUCUGCGAGAGCCGCUCAAGGACUCUCCUUGUAAGAUCGUAUACAUAUGCAGGAACGUUAAGGAUGUAUUGGUGUCAGAAUGGCAGUUUAGGUCAAGAAUGGAGAACAAAGAAGCUGAAAGAAGCACGCUGGAGUCUAUAGUCGAGUCGUUCUGCAAAGGAGUUCACGCUUGUGGACCUUUAUGGGACAAUGUUUUGAGCUAUUGGAAAGGAAGUUUGGAAGACCCAAAGCAUGUUCUUUUUAUGAGGUACGAGGAUCUCAAAGAAGAGCCUUAUGCCCAGGUCAUGAGACUUGCCGACUUCUUGGAUUGUCCUUUUACUCAAGAAGAAAUACAUAGCGGAUCUGUUGAGAAGAUCUUAGGUUUGUGCUCUCUAAGUAAUCUGAGCAAUUUGGACAUCAACAAGACCGGAAUAUCGUGGAACAACUUGGAUCACAGUAUCUUCUUCCGCAAAGGAGAAGUUGAUGAUUGGAAGAAUCAUCUCACUAUUGAAAUGGCCAACAAAAUCGACAUGGUCAUCCACGAGAAAUUUCAAGGUUCGGGUUUGAAAAUCUGAGUUAUUUUUAUGUUGAGUGUGCUUGCUUUCUUUCUUUCAUAUGUACGUAUCCUAAUAAUACAAACUUUCAUUGGUACGGUCUAUUGUUGUAUGAUUGAUCAUAACGUUUUCCAAAUUGGUAAUUUAAUAAACUUCUUUGACGCAAA